CUCCUGCUGUCUCCUCUGCCACUCUGUUGAUUCCUCUCAUCCUGUCUGCUCCUGUGUCACUGAAGCUACGCAGAGACUCUGCAACCAUGGCUGCUACUGGAUCGUUCCGUGCGGUGUCAGAGGAGGAGCAGGCCAUGCGCGCCAAGCUGGAGCAUUUGACAGUGAAGGAUCAUGGGCCAGUGUUUGGACCAUGCCACAAACUGCCUGGCCACACUCUGCAAAAGGCAAAGGAUGAACUGAGUGAGACAGAGGAGAGGAGGGCGUCGUCACUGAAGGACCUGCGGGUCAUGAUGAAGGAAAGAGCAGCAGAAGGAGACGACCUGGCCAAACUGAUGCUGCAGCGCUUUGGGGACAAACCGGACUCUCUGCUGCUGCGCUUCCUCAGGGCCCGCAAGUUUGACGUGGUCAGGGCCCACGAGCUCAUGAGAGGUUACGUGCGCUUCAGGAAGGAUUACCCUGAGCUGUUUGAGAACCUGACGCCUGAAGCGGUGCGCAGCACCAUUGAGGCAGGAUAUCCCGUGGUCCUGCCCAGCAGAGACAAGUAUGGCCGCGUGGUCCUGCUCUUCAACAUCGAGAACUGGGACCUGGAGGAGAUCACAUUCGAUGAGAUCUUGAGAGCAUACUGUGUGAUCUUGGAGAAGUUGCUGGAGAACGAAGAGACCCAGAUCAACGGUUUUGUGCUGAUAGAGAACUUCAGGGGCUUCACCAUGCAGCACGCCUCAGGAAUUAAGCCGACGGAGCUCAAGAAAAUGGUGGACAUGUUGCAGGACUCCUUCCCCGCCCGCUUCAAAGCAGUACACGUGACUCACCAGCCGUGGUAUUUCACCACCACCUACAACGUGGUCAAACCCUUCAUGAAGAGCAAACUGCUGGAGAGGGUCUUUGUUCAUGGUGAUGAGCUGGAUAACUACUUAAAAGAGUUUGACGCCGACAUCCUGCCGGCAGAUUUCGAUGGGAAGUCCUCUGUCGCUGACUGCAAGGCCAUCGCCAGCAAGCUUUUUGGCUCCGAGGACACUGCUCUCUGAAAAAUAACAUCCCAUUUUUGAACACAAGACUUAGAGUGUCCUUCACCCUAAAUGCUUCUUUUGUGAUCAGAACACAUAUGUGGUCUAUUUUGAAGCUAGGUUAAUGUAUGUUUGUUUUUUUAAUCGUUGAUUUGUCAAGGCAGUUUCUGUGAGAAAAAAGAAUUUAGUACUAGAGUUUUAAAUAAGAGUAACAUAAAGAGUGUUCAGAUAAUAUAAGGGUAACUUUUUUUUUUUUUUAGUUCCAAGAGGUUUUGCUCCACCUUUGCCUGCAUUUGUUGCACCUGCACAAACAGACGGAGGGUGACAGCCACAGAGCAGCCAAUGUAACGGUGAAGCUGGUGGAGUUUUUGCCUUAUAAAUGAACUUCACAAAGUGCAGAACAGCCUUGUACGUGUACACCUGUCAGAUCAAAGUGCAUGAGAGUGUCAGAGAGCAUUUCGGGGAGGUAUGAAGAGGGAGAAGUGAUGAUGAUGAUGAUGAUGAUUAAACCUGAAUUAGAUUUUAAUGUUUUAGUAGCAGAGGCCUCCCAAUUCAGUGCCACUACACUUUACCUCAACAGCCUUUGUUUGUGUUUAUACACAUCUGUAUUGAGACAUUUUCAAUAAAACUGAAUUUUUGAUUGUUUCUUUUUUGUUUUAAGAAUCACAAAUGUUUCGUAUCCGUAUAAAUAAUUAUUUCCUCAUAAAGCCUGGCUUUUUAAUUCAUUUCAAGCCUUAAGGCUUUUCCUUCAUGAAGGUUUGAACAUCAGCCAGUUUUCACCAGAUAAAACCUUCAUUAAAAAAAGACACAUGACAAAAGGGAGGCAAGUUUUUCUAUUGAGAAAAUAAUUUAUUUUGGAACACAAUAACCUUAUUUUCUCUCAUAAUUAGAUCAUACACACCACUGGUUUUUCUUCCACAAAAACACCCAGUGCUCAAUCAGAGUAUGUUAUGUUGUGUGACAAUGUGCACUCCACGUCCCUUAAUCGUCUUUCAGCAUCAUAAUGUUUGUAAACACAAAAUUAAAGCCGUAAAAAAGCUA